GAGUAUGACUUUGCUGAAACUUGUCAGUUUUACACGUUUUACGACUUUACUAGUUUAACGCGUAUCAGCUGAAGCCGUAGCUGGCUAGCCUGUAUAGUGUAUAUGUAUAAAGGGGAGGUACCCACAAGGAUGAUACCACGGUUAGGCAGUCAAGCCCUUAUCACUUGCGUGGAACCACCGGCUGCGCGCGGCGCGGCAUCGAUUUUUCCACAAAACAAGCCAUUUGUAACCACCCGCGGCUUGAAAAACACGUCACCGGAACAUCAGUAGCUCCCGACAGUGUUUAGAAAACGUAAACAUAGAGAGUAAUGUGAAUAUCUGGGGAAAAAUAUGCAAUACUACUCAUGGGCUGAAAAUGAAAAUGGCAAACCAAAAUAAAGAGAACGAGGAGGAUAGCAUGCCAGCAGCGGAUCCUGGCACGGAGGCGAAGGAGAAGCUCAUAGCCGCCGUCAAGAAAGAGGUCAAGCAGUUAAUGGAAGAGGCAGUCACCCGAAAAUUUGUUCACGAAGAUAGCGGUGGUGUCACUGCUCUCUGCGGUGCCGUAGAGGCCUGCCUCGGCCAGGGUCUCCGGAGGCGAGCGUUAGGCCUCUUCAAGACCAACUCUACAACAGCGUUGCUGCAUAAGAUCGCUAAGCAUUGCCCAGAAGCAGCACUAGUAUCCGCUCGAGUACUGUCCGCCGAGGGCGCACCGGCGGUUCGGUCGGCCUCGGGAGUAGAGCGACGGCCUUCGGCCCCGCGACCGCCUCUGAACAAGCGAGGCUCCGGCUCCUUACUGUCAUCUUCACCACCACAACCCAGAUACCUCUGGAUCCGAAUAGCGUUGUUCGAGCGUCAACUCGCCAAAAUAAUCGAGCAUCUCGUUAGCAACGCAAAUCGAUACUACGAACGAGACGCGCUGGUUGCCGAUCCAGACUUCGGGAGUAUUCUCAGCUCGCUGCUCGUGGGGCCCUGUGCCUUGGAGUACUCUAAAGCGAAGGCCCCGGCUUGCUUCUGGACAGACCCGCCGGCAGACGAGCUGGUCCAACGCCACAGGAUGUCAGCAGGCACGACCACACCACCGUCGGUGCGGCGGCCCAUCCUCAAUUUCGGGAGGAGCCUCAACACAUCAUCGGACGACAGUGGAUCAGCAACCACUGGUGCCAUCAAUGCCGGUGGAUCGACAGCGAAGGAUUACGUGGAGAGUUUACACCAGAAUUCACGUGCGGCGCUAUUAUAUGGCAAGAACAAUGUACGCGUACAACCGAAAGACGUAGCGGAACCCAUGCCAGGCUACCUAAGCCUGCACCAGACCGCUGCAGGUCUGAUCAUUAAGUGGACCCCUAAUCAGCUCAUGAACGGCUACGCCGAGAGCGAAGGCGUUGACAAGAGUUUUCGCUGUCACCUAGUGCAUGCGUCUGCCUGCCCUCACACAUGUGUCAUGUGCAGCACUGCGCCCUGCACUGUGUACAGGCGCCUUUGCUCUGGCCCCUUGUGUAUAGACUGCGUGUACUGGGCGAUGUCGCUGCAAGUGUGCGUGUGGGAGGUGGUGUAUGUGCACGUGCACCGCGCGCCCGGCGCCGACGCGCUCAUCCUCGUGGGGCAAGAUGGCGUGCAGCGCCCGCCCAUACACUUCCCUAAAGGUGGUCAUCUUCUGUCAUUUCUGAGCAACUUGGAAACAGGACUACUACCGCACGGACAACUCGAUCCUCCACUUUGGUCACAAAGAGGAGCUGGAAAGGUGUUUGGGCGCGGCAAAGGACGCCGACGUCCGAUGCCAAGCCUCUGUGAGAGCGGGGAGACCGAUGAAACUGAGUGGGAAGAGGCCGCUGGAGAUUACGUCUUCCGAAUUGUCAACAACGCCAUAGCCGACCGCGAAGCAAUGCGUCACUCACUCCUAGAGCGUUCCGUGCAGUCCCCACCGCGCACGCCACGACGCCCGCUAGCGUCCACUUCCACCACAUCAUCAGAUUCCAGCACUAUGUCCGUAGACUGCCCGCCAUCCGCCGGCCUCAACGGCCAUCCACCAGCGCUGAUACAGCAUCAUCCGAUAGAACAGUCAGCGUCAAUCGAGCUGGUGUGCAGUACGAUGCGUCGGCAGAUUAUCUCCCGCGCGUUCUAUGGUUGGCUGGCGUACUGCAGACAUCUCUCCACCGUUCGCACACACUUGAGCGGCUUAGUACACGCAAAUAUUGUUCCGCGAGAGGGCACCGAGGGUGGUCUGACAGAGGAACGGUGGAGAGCCAUGACGGAUGAGCGCGGCGCCGUCAGCGAUAAAGAUGAGGUAUACCGGUUGGUGUACUAUGGUGGCGUACAGCACGACAUACGGCGGGAAGUGUGGCCGUAUCUACUUGGAUAUUAUGAAUUUGGCUCAACAACAGAAGAGCGCGCAGAACAAGACGCAGCUUGCCGCCGACAGUACGAGACCGUGAUGUCGGAGUGGCUGUGCGUGGAGGCCAUCGUGCGCCAGCGGGACCGGGAGGCCACGGCGGCUUCCAUCGCCCGACUGAGCGAGGCUUCUGGGAGGCUGAAGCCGGUCGAGAACGCAUCGCCUAGCGAGGUGUUCGAAGAUGACUGUAGCAUUAUAUCUGAUAAUCCACCAGUGGUUUCACCUGAACCAAACGAAAACGAACAAAAGAAGCUAGAAACCAAACCGGUUUUGUCGAGAGCGCCGAGCAUAGACGAAGUAGAGAACAUAGAGAUGGAUUCAGAAGACAAAGAGAAUAUAAACGGAGAGACUGAGAAGGGUGAUAGUAGGGAUGUAGAUUUAGACAGUCUAAAAGACUUAGAUGAAGAGGAGGAAGUACACAUUAAGAGUACAGUUGAGAAUCCUGAUAUGAGAAGGGAGAGCAUAGCUGAGAUAAAGAGGUUAGCUGAAGGUAUAGUGCAGACUGGCGGUGGGAGAGGGCCGCUGUGUAGCGUGGAUAGUGCGAAUAUAAACUUUAAUGGGAACGACUUAAGGUCGUCGUUGGACGAGAGCGUACCAACUGCUCCUCCGCCACCGCAACAGCAACAUACGAGUGUGAUUAUUACAAAUCCAUCAGUCGAUCUAGCUGCCGGCGGGUCGCCUGCAUCAGGAGGAACCACCGCGAACGUGAGCCCCGCGCGCAGCCCGCUGGGCGUGGUGCGCGAGGAGUCGGCGUCGGCCGGCGCCUCCUUCGACACGCUGGAGCCCUCCGCCGAGCCCCGCCCCGACAACAGGUCCAACUGCGUGUCGCCGGCCAGCUCCAAUGGUGGCGUUUAUUCUAAUGAACUGGUGGAAAGUUUCGCUUUGAACUUGCAUCGUAUUGAAAAAGAUGUACAAAGGUGCGACAGGAACUAUCCGUUCUUCACAGAUGAGAAUCUCGACAAGCUGAGAAAUAUUAUGUGCACUUACGUGUGGGAGCACCUAGAAAUGGGGUACAUGCAAGGCAUGUGCGACCUAGCAGCCCCUCUCCUGGUGAUGAUGCGCGAGGAGGGCGCCGCGCACGCGCUGUUCGCCAGCCUCAUGGCGCGCGCCAAGGACAACUUCCCGUCGGGACAGGCCAUGGACGCGCACUUCGCGGACAUGAGGUCGCUGAUCCAAAUUCUGGACUGCGAGUUGUACGAGCUGAUGCACGCUCACGGCGACUACACACAUUUCUACUUCUGCUAUCGCUGGUUCCUGCUCGACUUCAAGCGUGAACUGCUAUACCAGGAUGUGUUUGCUGCCUGGGAGCUGAUCUGGGCGGCGCGGCACGUGGCCUCCGAGCACAUGGUGCUGUUCCUAGCGCUAGCCCUACUUGAGACCUAUCGAGAUGUCAUCUUGGCUAACACCAUGGAUUUUACGGAUAUCAUCAAGUUUUUCAACGAAAUGGCUGAACGGCACGACGCGUCCGCGGUGCUGUCUCUCGCCAGGGACCUCGUCUUGCAAGUUCAGACCUUGAUAGAGAACAAAUAAAUAUAGUUCACCACCGGCAACGGAGGCAACGGAGCACUGCUGUUUAGAGUUUCAAUGUAUGGAAAACUUCAACAAAAGUUGUUUGUUUUGGCCUCGAUUUUACUAACUUGACAAUUUAUCAUCUGAAACUGAUAAUUCGCCGUACAUUUGUGGGUUACACGGUUACAGAGGUUGCAUACACGUAACAACUGUAUGCAACCUCUAAGCGACCAUUUUAAUUUAAUUGAUUUAGAAUUUGAAAAUGCACCAUGUCAAGUCGGUAAAAUGGGAAUGUACCUACGAAUCAGUAGAUUUAUUUAAUGCUUUUAAAGAUGAUUAAGAAUAAAGUACAUCAUUUUACGAUCAAAUGUACAAAAUUAUCUUAUGCGCUUAAAUUAUAUUAUCAACAUUUUAAAUAUUAAUGACAUAAAGACCUUUAUUUAUACCAAUUAUGUUAUGUAGAAUUGUGUUAGCCAUAUUUCAUCAUACCUUUAUAGGUUUAAAUAACUUAUCUUAUGGUUAUAAGAAAAUGAUAGAAAUAUUUAUAUAUAAUAAAAUAUAUAUUUGUUUAAAACUGUAUUAAGUGUACUGUACUAUAUUCUUAGAUUUGUCUUUAUAAAUAAAUUAGUAUGUAUAUUUUUAAUAUUUGGGGGUGGUGUGGUGACAAACAACUCAGUCAACAAUAUUAAGAAAAACAUUUCGGUCAAAAAUUGGAUACAAUACCACAGCAACAUUGCUAAUCUACCUGAGGUUGUUUUAUUCACCACGGCACUGGUAAAAUGAUUUCGUCAUUAAUAAUACAGCUUUUUAGUGUUUCUUCUGUGUCAUUCUGUCCGGAUGUAUAUGUGAUGAUCAAUACGCUUACCCUAUCAUUAAUUUUAUAUACAACAUUGGCCUAAGUCCAAACAUUAUAAUAUAAGCUAAGCUAUUGUGUUAAGAACACAUUUAACUGGUGUCAAAUUUAAUAAAUUUAAUAUUUUAAAUACAUAAGGAAACGAUCAAGUACAUAUAUCGUGCGAACAAGACGAGUAGGAAAGUAAUCGAAACAUUUUCUCUAAAACUAUUUUCUACGGUAAACCCCUUAAAGUAAAAUUAGUAUGUUUCUAUAGAAAAUGGGUUUAAGUAUAUUUCUAAACGUUUUGUUCGCAUUGCGGAUUAUAAAUUAGAAAUUAUAAAGGAUGUUUUAUAUAAUUAGAUAAAUGUUUGUACGAAUCAAUGUUAUGGUCAUUUUAUCGCACUUGUUAAAUUAAGGAGAUGAAAUUACUUAAUUUGUUUAGUGUACAGUUGUAUAGAUGGAUGUUUACACGUGUCUACCUAUAGCUAUUGGAAUAUUGUAUCGAAUUUGUCCUAAAUGUGUUUUUGUACUUGUCUAGCUUCAAUAAACUUAUCAACAAAAUGCCUAGAUGAAUAUUUUGUAGCAGUAAUGUAGUACACAUUUAUAAAUAUUUACGUUAAUCGCCUAUAACCAAUACCUCUCAUUAUUUUAUAUUUUCAGGCAAAUUCAUAAGUCACAAAAAACGUUCAAAAAAAUAUUCAGUUUAUACCUAUAUGUAAUUAUAUUUACUGCCAUCAAUUUUAGUUACCUAUCUCAUGUAGUAUCUAUCUAUAAUAUAUCCUAAACAAUAUAAAGUAGAUUAAAUAGAUAUUUAACGAUGUUAAUAAAUGACAUUCUAACUGUCAUUGUUUAUAGAUUCGUAAUGAAACUAUUUUUGUGAAAGUCAUCUUGUCAUUAAAAUACGUUUACACUUG